AUGCAACCCAAGCUCGAAAGAAGCGAUUUUGUUAUAUCCGACAGAGGCGGGGUGGUUGAAAAUCGACAUGUUAUUCAUGCAUCGGUUGUCGAUGCAGCUGGGAAUUUUCUUUUUGCCGUAGGGGACCCGGGAAGAAUGACCCUAGCUCGAUCUGCGGCGAAGCCAAUCCAGGCAUUGGCCAUCCUCGAAACCGGUGCAUGUGACCAAUUUGGUUUCGAUGAUGCCGACUUGGCAUUGAUGUGUGCAUCGCACAAUAGCGAGGAUAGACACAUCGCUCGCGCUCAUUCCAUGCUUCGCAAAGUGGGUGCCGAAGAAACAGAUCUUCGCUGUGGUGGCCAUACGGCUUUGUCAGAUGUUGUCAAUCGAGCAUGGAUAAAAGAUGACUUUGUUCCCACUGCUAUAUGUAAUAAUUGCUCAGGCAAACAUGCUGGCAUGUUGGCCGGCGCUAAGGCACUGGGUUCUGGUGUGAAGGACUAUCACAUGGCCACUCACCCUAUGCAACUGCAAGUUCGACGUAUCUUCACGGAGCUUUGUGGCCCAGAUAAAGAUACCUUUCUCUGGGCGCUUGAUGGCUGCAAUCUGCCGGCCCCAGCUUGUCCCCUGUUCAUGUUAGCUAAACUCUAUGCUCUCCUUGCUGCAUCGCCAGAUGUUGUGGAAAACAAUACCACCACCCAAAAUGGUUGCGAUCAGACACGAGCCAGUUAUCUGAAUCGAAUUUUUCAAGCUAUGUCACGGUAUCCUGAAUAUGUAGGUGGUGAGGGUCGAUUCUGCACAGAGCUUGCGAAGACGUUUCAGGGGAUUUUGAUUGGCAAGCUCGGUGCAGACGGCUGUUACGGAUUGUCAAUUCGGGAAUCAAAGCAGACCCAGAAACUUGGAGCAAAGGGUGCUAUUGGCAUCUCAGUGAAAGUCGAAGAUGGAAAUAUCAACAUUCUCUACGCAGCUGUGAUGGAAAUACUUGAGCAGCUGCAAAUUGGGACACCAGAGAUGCGCCAUGCCCUCAGUCAUUUCCACCUCCCGAAGCUUUGCAAUACAGUUGGUUCGCUCACUGGUCAUAUAUCUCACUUGUUCCGAGUACGUUCGGCGUGA